GGUGCUCAUUCUGUCGAGCUGAUCUGUGCAUGUUGGUAGCAGUGUUACCAACUCCUCAGUAAGGAAAGUAGCUAUUGUCUGUCCUAAAAGUCGCCAGAAGUCGCUAAAUGACGUCAUCACCUAGUUUGCAUAAUUGGCCAUGUGCAUGUAUUUGUGAUUGACGCUGUAGGAGAGAGGAAUAACGUCGUGGGAGAGACAAAAAGUUUGGCUUGAGCAACAAAUUUGACACAGAGUUUCCCUCAGUACUCACGGGAAAGUUGUCACCAAAGUCAUUUUAGAGAUAUGGCAGUACGUCCAACCGGCCUCACAACCGCAGACCACAUGUAACCACGCCAGCCCAGGACCUCCACAUCCGACUUCUUCACCUGCGGGAUCGUCUGAAACCAGCCUCCCAGACAGCUGAUGAAACUUUGGGGUCGUGACAGUGGGCAAAUGCUAACCUUCGAUGGCCACUGGCUCUCUAGAGAAUUGUGCUCUUCACUGAUGAAUCCCGGUUUCAACUGUAACGGACAGAUGGGAGACGGAGUGUAUCGUGUCACGAGGGUGGCUCCAGAGGAGUUUAAAACCAGCAUCAGCAGAGUGAACGCUUGCUUGAAGAAGAACUUGCCUGUCAAUGUGAAGUGGCUUCUUUGCGGUUGCCUGUGCUGUUGCUGUACAGUGGGCUUCAGUCUGUGGCCCGUUAUAUGCCUCAACAAGAGAGCGAGAAGAUCUAUUCAGAAGUUGUUAGAAUGGGAAAACAACCGGUUAUAUCACAAGCUGGGCCUGCACUGGAAACUCAGCAAAAGGAAAUGUGAAAGCAGCAAUAUGAUGGAAUAUGUAAUUCUUAUAGAAUUCUUACCCAAAUAUCCUAUAUUCCGACCGGACUGAGCUGAGGAGGCUGUUGGGAGACCUGCAGUGUGACCCUUGACUCCUAUCCGUAGUGCCUUGUAUAUAUGUUGAAAUGAGGGUCUGCACCGGUGUAGAGAUGUCCCUUACCAUCUCCCAAUACCUUGUACAAUAGAAAUUGCAACACUGUCACUUUGCUUUAGAGCAGAUUUUGUAGGGCAGAUUUUGCACAGUUCCUUUCGAAGUAGAAAAAUGCCCCCUUUUUGUUGUGUGUAAUACAACUAGUGAUUGAACAAAAAUAUACUGUUGAAAAGUGCAUUUAGCCCAAAGAGCCAUCAUUAAUCGAGGCCAUGUAUCGUAUCGUAUCAGUAUUGGACACCUAGAGCAUCAUCGCCUUAUGUAAAACAAUAAAGGAUGUUAUAAGACAGGAGGAGACCAGCAUUUUGUAGCCCACCAAGUUCAAAUUCUGGUUAUUGGGUUUAAUUUCCUCAAAUCAAUUCUUCUUUGAAACAAAAAGUAGAUGUGAUGCUUGAAUUUGCCUAACAUACUAUUUGACAGCAUCAUGUUUUUUCUUUACUUUGGAAAUGACCCCUCUGUACAGGAGAAUUGAAACGAACCUGUAAAUAUGUUAGGAUAAACUGUACAGUGGUACGCUGUUGUUUACGUUGUGAUUUAGAUCUUUGAUUUGUUUUGUCAAAGUGCUGUACCAUAGUUUUGUUUAUGAAAGAUGUCUCUUACCAGUUUAUAUGGGCCUGUUUACCUAGUAAGCCAUAUAAUUUACAAUCUAUGUGAUGCCAGAGUUAGGACAGAAAAUUGCACUUAAGCUCGUCAAAAUGUCAUGAUUUCAGAGGAUGGUCAAACUGAGGUUCUGAGUAAUUUUACAAUGACACUAGUGAUGCAUGUUAUUUGUGUGGUUUUGCCAACUAAAGAAAAAAAGGUAAAGUGUCAUCCAGUUUAACGUGAGAUGGCUACUUAUCUUUAUGAUGUACUGCUGGAAACAAAGACUCCAACUUGGCACUUCCAUGUCAAAAUGUUUUUUUUUUGUCAAUCUUUUUGUUGCAGCUUUGUCUUUGUUCAUUUUAUAGUUUUGUAUUUUCCUAUAAUGUGUUUUGUCCUUGUUGUUAAAAACACACAUACAGCCUAGAGGACAUGACAUACUGAAAUAAAUGUUUCCUUAGUUAUUCAUUUUGUCCAGCGUUAGUGCACUAUUCAAUCCGCAUCGCUGAAGUUCAGCUUUACAGCGUGAUUGACAUUUCAAGGCAAUGUUCCCUCUUUAUUGAGGACAGCGUUCAUGGUAAACGCUGCAUAUGUCAGCUCAAUCGGAUAUGAGCUUUGAAUUUCUAUCGCUAAAUCUGUAAGGCCUUAGUGUUGUGUCCUUCACUUGUAGCUGAGAGUUUUGCUGUGUUACAGUGCCACUGGAAUGUUCGGUGAACCACAGUCAGUGAACUGGGUGUACUUGUUAAGGUUGACAUGCUCACUUGUAUUGGCCCUGUUACAGAGUACUUGUAAAUGUUUGUCAUGACAACUCAAUCCCUAUGGAAAGCUGAAAUAAAUAGUUGAUUUUGAAUUUUC